CGCGGCACAAACCAACGACUCUAAAGUCUGAGUUGAGAAAUUACACAGCGCCCCCACGUGGCCCUAAUGGUGAACUGCAAGCACAUUUAGCCAACAGCGCAGUGUUUCUACCCGCCCUCGCCUGAAUGCACAGCAUCGAUGUUUCUCUACAUGCUGGUCUUCAUGGCCUAUCACAGCAGCAGAUGGAUACCACUGAACCAGAGAUUAAAAUUCCAAAUAGUGAAUGCAGUGUUCAUAGUGGUGGUGCUGGCCCCCCAGCUCUACGUCAUGGGGAGGUCAAAAUCCUCAAGAUACUGCAGGCAACCUCUUCUGAACAACCUGUCGGCCUCUGUUGCCCUGUCCAUCGUUGCUUCAGGUGAGUCCAAUCACAUGCAGUUAAAAAAAAAACAAAAAAUAAUUUUAACUUUUGCUCUCCUCUCAGGUCUUUCAGUGGUAUUCACGCUGCUAGAUCCGGUUCCUCAGGGCUUGUGGGCUGCCUAUCAUGUGUUUGGACUUCUGUCAUGCGGCCACGGACUGUGCACCGCCAUCCUGACUCUCACAGCAGCCGCUUGUGCCAAAACUACCACAGAGCUGUACUACCUGUCCGUCGCUCUGACGGUCGCCUCUGCGUUCAGCGCAGGCAGGCGACAAGCAGGAACAACGUGUGAUAAAACAGACCCAGCUGUCCCCGCGCCAUCGACACUGGAUACAGUUCACUUUAAAGAAUUCAUGAGGGAUCUGAUCCGGCAGCAGACGGAAACUUAAAACCACCAACAGAGGGACAAAAGUGCAGGCGAGUUAAUCAAGCUCCGGGUUUAAUGCUGGCUGCAGAAAAACAGAUGUGAUGAUUGUUUGAAAUGUAUGCAACAUGCUGUCAAAUAAACUGAGAUGUGUAAUUUACACUGUAAUGUAAACUGUAUUUAUAUGUAUAUGUUGUAAAGCCAAGCUGAUUAAAAACAGAUGUCAAAUUUGCAUCACGAUUUCAUAAAUAAAAGGCAAUAUCUACAUUUUAGUCUGAAAAUCAAAUUGAAGCAUUAAUUUCCAUUCUUUCCCAUCACCUUAUUGUUUUAAAAUUCAUUACGUCUGUAAAUAAGGCACAAAAGCUUAAGAUGUCGAUUAAGAUGUUCUUGUCACGAAAAUAAGAUUUCCUGGUUUAAAAAGGCAAAUUGAUGGCUUAUUCAUCAGAUUUUGGAAAGGAAACGGAAUUUUCUUUGAAACCAACUUUGAACAAAUGACCCCAGUUUUGGUUUAAUUAAAAAUAUCAGCAUAUAGACUCCUGGAAGACUAAAGCUGUUUGAAAACUACAGAUAAUACACAUGCAGACUGAAAACUUUUAAUUAAAACAGUAAAUCAGAGUGUUUUAUUAUUGAUGAAAAGCAUUUAUGUUCCUAAACUUUUCUAAACUAUUCAAAAUGUAAAGAUUUUUCAGAAUUUCCAGCACCAACUGUGAGGAGUUGGAGUUUAGAUUAGAUGUUAGAUAUUGAUUAGAAAAGAAUUUAAAAAUGUGAAUGUUUGAUCUAAUUUUCAUCCUUUAAUUAGAUUAUAUUUUGCAAUAUGUCCAGUGGAGAACAGUGAGCUGAUCAGAUUGAGUUUUCUAGGGGAAGCUUGUUGUUUCGAUCAUAAAUGUAAAGAAAUCUGGCUGUUAGUCUGGGUUGUUCACAGGAAAAUAUGGAAA